AUGAAGCUGUUGAUUGUGUUUAUUGGACUCCUCGGAUUCCUCUGGGAUCCCACCUCUGCUGACACAAAUAUCAAUGUCAGCAAUGACAACGACAGUAAUGGUGGUUCCCAGACGGUGAGCAUCAACAACGACCACAAUGUAGCCAACGUUGAUAAUAACAAUGGAUGGGAGAGGUCUUGGAACUCAAUCUGGGACUACAACAGUGGCUUUGCAGCAACUAGGAUCUUUUCUAAGAAAACCUGCAUUGUGCACAGGCUGAACAAAGAUGUUGUUCCUGGUCUUCAGGAGCUUGAGAGGAUGUCAAAACAAAAGGCAAAUGUACAUACUGGACCUUCCCCUAAAAGCCUGCAGUAUGAAAUUGAACCUGAGGCGAUAGACAACCUGGCCCAGUUUGGAACUCCUAUUGAAAACAUGUGCAAAGGGCUUCGCACAUACAAAGCUCAGGAAGUUCAAGGGCAAGGCUUCUUUUUCUUCAGUGGCUCAUGCUUUGAUGUUAAUGUCCUCUGGGUUCUGAAUAUCUCCUUAUGUGGAGAGACAACAGAUGUGUGA